AUGGGCAAGGCCGGCAAGCAGAAGGCGUCUUCCUCGUCGUUUGCCGCGACGUACGGCGGUGACUUCCUUCCACUCUCGAUCCAGGCGUCUUCCUCACAACCGGCGCACUACCUCUACGUGCGCCCGCAGACGUCGUCCUCGGACUCCUCUGAUCGGGAGCUCUUCGUAUCCAACCUCCCCGUCGACUUUGGAGAUGCCUCGGCGCGCGCCGUCUUCUCGCGGUUUGGUGUGAUCGAGUCGAUUCAGUUCGGCAAGGGUGCAGGAAAGAGCGCGAUGGAGAGCGCGGUGCUGGAGCUGAGCGACGACGAGGCAUCGGACUCUGAGCCGGAGGAGGCGCCUGCCGCGCCGCAAGUGGACGAGGACGGAUGGACGUUUGUGGGCACCGAGCAGCCUAAACGCAGGCGGAGACGGAGGCUGCAGGCCAUUCCCGCCAGUGUUCCCGAGGUCACGCCGUUGCCGGAGAGUGUCGAGGCGCUGCACCCCAGCGGGCGCACGACAGCCACGAUCACCUUCCUCGACGCCGUCUCGGUUCCCCGUGUCAUGAAGCAUACCGGAACGAUCACCUACACCCCCGACAUCCCCACCGGUCUCUCGCGCUACGAGGCGCAGUACGCUGCCCUCCGACCGAAACUUGCGCUGGCGAAGGCGCACGCCGACAGUGCGAUGGAGCGGUACGACCACCUCCACUCCCUCCUCCUCACGUCGAAGGCCAAGGCGCAGGGUGCCGGCGCCGUCGUCGACGCGGACGGCUUCACUGUCGUCCUCCGCAGUGGACGCUACGGUCGUACCGCCGGAAGGGGAGCGGACGGCGCCGGUGUCGCAGUCGCGAGCUUUGCCGACGCGGACAAGCCGAAGAAGAAGAAGAACUCGGGCGCCGGCGAGCUCAAGGACUUUUACAAGUUCCAGGCCCAGGACAGGAAGAAAAAGGAGCUCGCUGAGAUGCGCCGCAAGUUCGAGCAGGACCGGCAGAAAGUCGCCGAGCUCAAGAAGGGAAGGAGGUACAAGCCCUACUGA